GGAUACCCAAACCUGAAUCGGAACCGCCCGCUCUGCUCCGAACCAGGAAAAUGAAGUAUUUUUCUUUUGUAAUUUUCUUGCACGGUUUUGAUGGCUUUAUUAUCUUGGGAUUGUCUGAAAGAUAUAACCACCACCUCACUGGAGCUAGAGAGAGAAAGCGAGAGGCAAACAGUGAUACCUAUACGUACAUAUUUUGUGUGUAAAGUAAGAGAAAGAGGAAGCAUUUGGUACAGUACUAGCUCGAAGAAAUUGCACUGUCUUGAUCUCCAUUUAAUAAAUUAAUAUUUGCAAAUUAAGUUUAUAAAGAACAUUUUUCUUCCUCGAAGGAGUCUUUAUGUGAUUAAGUUGGAAUUAACCUGCUAAAAAGUUCAACCCUUCCUGUGUGAAUUAUAUCUCAAAAGGCUUCGUGGGAAUGCAACAGCCUCAUCAAGGCAGCUAUAUAAAUUCAGCGACGUACAGAUGUUGCAACGGCAAAUUAUGUAUAAACAGAUUCAGGAAAUGCAGCGAAGGCAGCAGCUCCAGGAUAUGUGUGAAGGAAAAAAACAGAAUUAUGUAAAUCAACUGCCAUCACAAAUGUGUGUGGUUGGUGAUAUGGACAUGAUACAACACGGUGGAUCAGCUACUUUUCGAAGUUUUUCUACCGGAUUGGGUCUUUCGAAACCUCAGAACCUGGCUGGACGUUCUUUGGGAUUUUCACAACAGCAGUUUGGAGUACCUCUAUAUUCUCAUCUCGGGGAGUCGUCUAAUGAUUCAGCCAAUCUACUGGUCACGAACAAAAAUAGCCCAUUGGAAAUUCCCACUAUGCAGCCAUCGGCCUUCAGUAACUCAGUUAUCAGUCAAAGAAGCAAUUUCUCUUCAGACCAGCUUUGCAUCCCAGACGGAGCGCUGCUACCCAAUCAAGUGUUUGAGGAGAAGAAUUUUUUCGGACAAGGCCUUGUUCCAGGUUUCAACGAGGGAAAUUUACAUGAGACCUACUUUCAGCAAGGGAAUUCCCAGCAGAGGAACACAUCAAUUCUUGAAUCUGAAGAGAGGCAAAAACAAGCUGGGUUGCAUGGACUUGCUCCAGGAAAUAUGCCAAAACCAGGCCCUUUUCUUCAGCCCGGCACUUCUCUCGACCCAUUGGAACAGAAAAUCUUAUACAAUACGGAUGACAAUGCGGAUGCUGGAGGAAUUGCAAGUACCCUGGAACUCACGUCUUAUAUGGAUGAAUUGCCUUCUAAACAAAGUGGUAGCUGGAGUGCUCUUAUGCAGUCGGCUGUUGCAGAAACUUCGAGUGGUGAUACUGGGGUACUAGAAGGGUGGAGUGGAUUGAGCAUUCAGAAUCCAGAAUCUUCAACUGAAAAUAAGGCCUUAAAUUACAUUGACAGUGGGAAGCAGCAAAAUAAUUGGGUUGACUUGCCGAGUUCAAAAUCCGAGGUUUUUUCUCAUAAUUCCAAUAUGAACCACAGCUUUCCUGGUUUUCAGCAAUCGGGUGACCAAUUUCUCAAACAGAGAGAGGAAUCACAUGCCGAGUCUUCCCAUUCUUUCAUUCAGCAGUCCCCUAGGAAUGCUAACAAGUCGUCAGAUUAUAGCCCUCAACAGAAGCAUCCUGUAGAUGGAAGUCAAAUGAUUCAAACAUCUUCACCUGUGCCAAACUUAUGGCUCAGUAAACGUCAUGAGCAUUUAAAAAAUGAUACAUAUCAGUCUAGCUUUAUGUCAUAUUCCCAUGUUAACGGACCUUUCAGCAGCCUCGCAGGGCAUGAAUCGAGAGACACGCUUCAUGGGACUACGCCACAGCAUGUGACUAAUGGCAGUCAAAAGCCAUUUAAUCAGGUACACCAUCCGAAAAAUCAAUUGUACUCAAUAGAAUCAGCAAAGAUGGCUCCUGGAAACAAUUUUGUGCCCACGUCAUCUCUCUUUGGUUCUCUCUCUCAUCCGCACAUCCAAAGUGUGACUGCUCGAACAAGUGAAAGUACGCUCAAUCUACUUAACAAGGAUGACAUAUCCAUAGAACAUGCACAUGGGAGCUUGAACUCGAACGACUUAACUCAAAAGGAAGUGCCACUACCUGAAACUUCUGCAUCUUUUGGUAAAUCACACAACAUUUCUUCUGUACCACAAGGAUUUGGCUUAAGAUUGGGACUUGCAGAUCAACAGACUCCACAGUCGUACUCUUUCUUUCAAACUUUGUCGGGGAACUCAAGUGCAACAUCGCCUUCAAGUCAUUUGCAUCUUCAAAAUCAUCAUCCUUCAGUUCCACCUGUGACAAGUCACUGGACAAGUCAAAUUCCGGCAUAUAAUGCUGAUGUCUCUUUUGAUAAUGGUCCUUUUAAAAGCUCUCAUCUUUAUGAUCAAGAAUUACCUACUUUGGGAUCUGUUCCAGUCACUCAGCCAUCAUUGACAUCAGGUGCGUCUCGGCAUGUGGGACUUCCCAUGGGGCAAUCGAAUGUGUGGCCAGAUUUGCUCCAAUCCUCUGAUUUAGCUUUGAGCAGUCUACAAGAUACUGCAGACCCUUCACAUGAGCAGCAUAAACAAGAAAACGGUGUCCAAGAAUAUGGUACCUAUUCAGGAAUAUCAGAUUGUAAUGAACUGCAAUCAGGGAAAGAAGGCCCCCCCCAAUAUGGCUCAGCUGGGGUGGAUUCCUCAAUUUCACGGAGUAUAUUUACUCAUGAGCACGAGUCUGUGGGAAAGAAUCUCUUAGAAGCAGAUGUUAAAACUGGUUCAUUGAUGCAGCACUCUAAUAUGGCACAUCAGAGAGGCAAUCAAAAUCCUUUAGUUCCAGCUAUAGAUGCUGGAGUUGGCAAUACUUUGAUGCCAUUGUAUAGUCUAAAUCAAAAUCACUCCUUUCCGCACCCGAUGCAAAUGCCUCUAAACCCUGUGGAAGGUGAUUCUAGAAGGUUGCCAAUUAAAUGUGAUGGUAUUGAUUUUGGUAUUAACUCCCAGCAGCCUGGACAGAAAUCAGGAGUCAACGAUAUGGAGAAAAAUGAUGCAUUUCAGAGUCCGUCGAUCGGUAGUAAUGAAGAUUCUAACAUGACAUGUCCAUCCCAGAUUAGUUUGCAAAUGGCUCCAUCCUGGUUUAAACAUUAUGGGACCUUCAAAAACGAGCAGAUGCGGCCACUCUUUGAUGCCAAUGCUGAAAUUAUUGCAGUAUCUCAAAUUUCUGGAAGCACUCUUCCUAACUUGCAAACAAAUAGCUCAAUUAUGCAGGUGAAUUCGGCUCGUGAAGGAAGCAGCAUAUGGCCAGUUGCAGUAGCAAGUAAACAAUUAUCUCCCGCAAAUGUGUUACCUUCAGAUGUCACUUAUCAAAACUUGGCAGUUACAAGACCAAAGAAGCGUAAGAUCAUUCCAUUUGAACUUGUACCGUGGCACAAAGAAGUAACUCAAAAUUCGCGGAGGCUUCAAAAUAUCAGCACGGCUGAGUUAGAAUGGGCACAAGCUACAAAUAAAAUCUUUGAAGAGGUUAAAAUGGAAGCCAUAGUUUUUGAAGAUACCCACCCGGUUAUUCGAGCAAAGAGAAGGCUUAUCUUUACAACACAGCUAAUGCAGCAGGUCUUUCAGCCUGCACCAAAAGUCAUUCUCUCUGCAGAUGCAAGUUCAAACUACGAUUUCAUGGCAUACUUUGCUGCAAGAUUAACAUUGGGAGAUGCCUGCAGCCUGGCUACCAGUUCUCAAUUUCCAUCUGACACUAGUGACAAGUCACCUGAGAAGCUGAAAACUUCUAAGAGAACUGGUGCUUAUGAUUUCUCAAAAAUUGCAGAAGGCUUCACUAGUCAAAUGAAGAUUCUCAAGGGCAACAUGUUAAGAUUGGACAAGAGUUUAUCGAUUACGGACAUAAAGGCAGAAGCCCAGGAGUUGGAGAAGAUCUCAAUCAUCAACCGUUUGGCAAAGUUUCACGGCAGGGCUCAUCAAGGUGUCGAUGCAGCAUCAUCUUCUGGCACAUCAUCAAUGCAGAAACACCUCCAGAGAUACGUUAUAGCGGUUCCAAUGCCUAAGACAGUACCAGAGGAAACAAAUUGUCUUUUGUUAUGAUCACUGAUUGAUCAAAACUGUCAUAUCAGUGCCGUCUGUACCUAUAACACUUAUCUGCUACUAUGUGCUUUUACAGACCUCGAAAACGGAAAGGGUAGAACCCAAGAUAUGCUUACUACUAGUGAGGCAAUUGAGGCUGUACUUUUUUGUUUUUGAUGAAGCACGGAAAAUGCUCUCCCUAUUGCGUGUCAAAUGAUUAAGUAUUUCGGCCAUGUUACCUUUUAGGGAUCCAUAGCCGACUCAUUUGGAUCUCUCUAUUCUUCUUUAAGGUAUGCUCCAAAGAUCGACUCCUA